CCUUGCUGGGAUCUGCAAGAGAACACAGUUACAAACCACUGGAACAUCCACACAAGAGAAGAGUACAUGGCUUGCAUCAAUACCUUGCAGAGCUGCUCCAUGUUCAAAGGGGCCAAGGCCGAGGGCGGCGCCAGGAGGGGCAGAGCCAGCGGCGUCGGGUGUCGGGCGUCGACGUUCAUGGACGGGAACGGGCUCCGGCUGGGCCUCGACGAGAACCCUGACGCCAUCAUCUCCGGUGAGUGGCCCGAGAACUUCUCCCUCAUCAGCUACGACGAUUUCCGCGUAUAUCUUCAGUCCCAGCAGCAGCAGGAUGCCCAGGCUGGGGAUCAGCAGCGGGUGGCACUCUUGCGCGAGGCCAUGUCGACGCCUGUCUUGAUGGCCACAGCAGAUCAGACGCUGGAGGAGGUUGAAGGCCACUUUGAGUUUGUGUCGGGCCUCCCGGUUGUAGACAGUGCUCGGAGAUGUGUUGGGGUGCUUGUCAAGAGCGAUCGAACAAGAGCUUCACAUGGGUCAAGGACAAAGAUUGCACAAGUGAUGACCUCUCCAGCGAUCACGCUAUCAUGUGAUAGAACAGUGACCGAUGCCGCAGCUCUGAUGCUCAAAAAGAAGAUCCACAGAUUACCAAUAGUAAAUCAGGACAACCAAGUGAUAGGUAUAGUUACCCGUGAUGACGUACUUCGUGCGUUGGAGGCCAUGCUGAAGAUUUAGAGGUGCAGGAGGUGCUUGGUACUUGUGGAUUUGUACAUAUGUGUCCGCGGUACUUUUGAGUAGCAGGGAGAUGUAUAAUCUGUAUAACUGUUGUAGCCUGAAUCACAAAAAUAAGCCUGGGAGAACUUAGGAGAGCUUUUCCUUGUAAAGAAGCACACCAGGAAGCUUCUGCUCUAUUGUACGGUCUGGUGUCUGCAAAUGAAAAUGUUUCCAUGAGCAA